GACCGCACGAUCAUGCGGUCCAUUUGGGGGUUGCGGAGGUGAACGCGGUGGAGUGAUUGGGGGAUGCCAAGGGUAAAUAGCCCCUUGUCACGUACAGGAUCAUUAGCCAGUUAUCCUCAGUGCUGAGCGGUGAUAGCAGCCUGCCAACAUCAUUAUCCAGUUACGUGCUGGACCUUGCGGAUUUGUCGAAACAUGUGAUUUACUUGUAGACUUAUGGGAUGCAUAAGCAGUGAAACAAUUGUAUCAAAAUCGUUGACCAGUGCCAGUGCCAGUGCUUUCUCAUUGAUUGAUUGAGUGAAUCAUACUGAAGAUGAUGGAGACAUGUGAUCCCUCGGCUCAUGCAUUUGCUGAUGACUCGUCCGACCGCAGUGAGAGCAGUCAUUUCGAACCUCAGAGAAUUUAUCAGGAUUUUGAAUCUUCUAAGAGUCUGACUGGCCUGAACCUGUCCGUCGGAAGACACAAGGAUGACUCACUUGGAAAAUCUAAAGAGAAUCGACUGUCCGGCGAUAUUGCUAAACAUCAGACACUUCGGUUUGAGGAUUUUGCGGGUCAUGAUGGUGCUGUUUCCCUCAAAAGAUCGAAGGAUGUCAAUUUUAUAUCGGAUACCAUAUCUAGUUAUCAGUUGGAUAAGUCAAAUGAGUCAGACACUUCUUUGGAGACUAUUCAUUCUAAUAGAUCCAAGGAUGGAAUCCCUAAGGACGGUGUGUACAACUUGAUGAAGAACAAGAGGCAAAAGUACUUUCAAAACAGUUUGGAGAGGAGCGUCAAGGAGAGAAAUUACAUGUUAGACGGAGAAUUCAAAGAGUACAAUUUCUCGAAGAAUUAUAAUCUCAUGAAGGAGUUUCAUUUGCCAUUGGAGCACGCGAGAGACAAUCAUGUAGCCUCUUUGGGUAUCGAUAGACUUCCAAAUGUUGCCCUUCUGGGGAACCCUCACAUCCUAGACUCGCCGGAUUUUCGUGGGGUUCCUAUGCAGUCGAGGAGUCCGCAAAGUAUGGAGUCUGCCAUCGAAGGAAUUCGACGAUCGCAUCUCCUAGGACAGAUGGAAUUGCCCACUCAGAACAUGGCACAUCGACAAGCGAUGGAUGCAGGACAGCACUCACAUCAUCAGCACCAACAACAACCACAAACAACUUCCUUCACUAUUGACGCGAUUCUAGGAAAGGGAAACCAGAGGGACAAACAUCAAAGGAGUCAGCAGCAGCAGUAUCGAAAGACCGGAAGACAGGAAUGUCAGGACAUCACCACGAAGAUACCAACAACUUCAUGUUCUCGUGUGAGUGAUCCUGGUAACGUUGUAUCUGGCAAAGCCAAACGAGUCAGAACGAUAUUUACAGCUGAACAGUUGGAGCGGCUGGAAGGUGAAUUCGCUAGAACCCAGUACAUGGUUGGACCGGAAAGACUGUACCUUGCCCACUCCCUGAGACUCACCGAGGCCCAGGUGAAAGUGUGGUUUCAGAAUCGUAGGAUAAAGUGGCGUAAAGUGCAUCACGAGCAGCAAAGCCAGAGGGUUAACGAGCUCCGACAACGAUCCCUUACUUCCUUGGACGAGGACGAUUGUAAAGAGCCAAAUGGUGGUGAAUGGUGAAAUUGUGAAUGAACUUGUGCAAUAUUUUCUUUCAUUUUCACACAUUCAAUGUAAGAAGCUAUUGAACAUGGUGGGAUGCUGUAUUUUGUGAUGAACUUGAUGAUUGUUGGAUUUUCGUGAAGCUAGAACUGAUUAUUGUGGAUUGAUAUCUUUGAGUGCGUCAUUAACACUAUUUGUUCAUCAUCCUUGUUUGUUAUUUGAGAAAAGGGUGACUACGUUGACCACCUAAGAUGAACAUUGGAGAAAGAACGAAAGGGAAGUACGUCCCACCCCGGAGGAUUCCACCUUCCCCUCUGAAAUUCGAACUAGACGAUUCGAUGGAAUCUUCUGCACGAUGGAAACCAAGAGUACGACAGGAAGUGGCAAACUACGAUGACCGUAUGGCAAAACAAUAUUUAGCGUCGAUGGCAGAGCGAAGUCCUGUAUGCACGCCAGCUGAUGUUUACAAGCCUCGUAAACAUCGGACAUUGACUGGAAAAUCAGCGAAUAUGUAUGGACAAGCCAUGAGCAAUGAUGAUCUCUAC